GUCUCCACCGCGGCGCAGUGGAUUUUCUGAAGGCUGCGGCGCGGGCCGCAUGCCAACAUCGCAGUUGACCUCGCCCGACCCUAUUAAAACAAGAUACAUCGACAACUCGACAUAGUAUCUCCUUUAUUCCCAACCAUGAAGUUCCUCCUAUGUUGUUUCUUUAUCGCGACACUCGCGAAGGUGGCGCUACCGGCGCCCGCGGACGGGUUUGUGUUCCCUGACGACGUGCGGAGCGGGAAGAAAUUGGAGCCCAUUAUAACGCCACCAGUUUUGCCUGUUUUGGAACAUUUGGAGCGAGAUCCUUCUACGUUGAUCAACGAGCCAGCGAAGCGAACGUUUCCUAGUCCAGUGAAGCCCAGGUUCUUUGGGGGUGGGUUUAACGUGGCGCCUUCGGGAAAUGGGGGGCUGACGGCCAGUGUGAGCAGCAGUGGUAGUGCCGGCAGUGCCAGUCAUUCCGCUUCACAAUCUUUCUCUUUCGGAUUUAACGAAGGAUUUGGAGCAUCGCAGUCGGCGAGCCAAUCGUCGUCUUUUGGAUUUGGAGGGUUCAGCGGCAGCCAAGCUAGCAGUCAAUCAGCUUCGUUCAGCGGCCCUGGGGGCUCCGCGUCCGGGGCGGCUUCGUCUGCUUCGUCCGUCGCGGGCAGCUUCGGGUCCGGAAGUCAGAGUGCUUCGCAAAGCUUCGGCUUCAACUCCGCUUUAGGAGGUUUUGGACAGUCUGAGCCGACAUACGACAACGUUGCCUUCGACGUGAGACACCGAGGCGUUCCCAACUUCCCGUUCCCAGGGUUCCUAGGACGAGGCAAGAGCGUGGGAGCGGCUUCCUUCAGGAAAGGACCUACUACUAAGGGCGCUGACGAUUUCGUAUCAGUCUUCAUAUCUAACUAGUCGUACCAGUGCAUGUAUUUUUAUUUAUUGUGAGAUUUAAGUGUGAAGGAUCAUAUCCUAUAAAAUGUAGUCACUGACAGAACUGGAUGAUAACUGAAAACAGGAAUUUGUAACGUUUAUUUAUUUUUAUAGUGUGUGACUACAUGUCUACAUAGAGUGUUUAAAAAUAUGUGAAUGUCAUACUCGUAGAAAUCACAAUAAUAUUGUCCGAUAUUAUUCCCAUUUGGGUUAAACUAAAUGUAUGGUGACAAGUAUAAAGAUGUCGUCUCUGCAUACUCCACCCCGAAAGAGGCGUGAUUUUAUCUAUUACUAGAGGCCGCCCGCGACUUUGUCCACGUAGAAUCAAUCCCACGGGAACUCCGGGAUAAAAAGUAGCCUAUAGGUUAUUCUGGGUCUUCACCUACCUACAAACCAAAUUUCAUCGUAGUCGGUUUAGUAGUUUUUGCGUGAAAGAGUAACAAACAUCCAUACUGACAUCCCGACAUGCUCACAAACUUUCGAAUUUAUAAUAUUAGUAAGAUUACUGCGAUUUUUGUGGUCAGUUAGUUCAGAAAUUGCCUUAACACUUUUCUAGUAACUCCAAGGGAGGAAGAGAAAGCUUCUUUUCAGGCAUCAAUUUACAUAAAUAAUGUUAUAAACGGACAUAAUUAUAAAUUGUAAAUGGAGAAAGCAGUGGCGAAACAGUAAAUUGAAACAGCCAAAGUUAGAUAUAAUAAUUUUAUUAUUCAUCACAAAUUACUUCGAUGUCGUUAAACAUCAAGUCAUCACUAGAUUUAAGGUAAAAAUUUAACUUUAUAAAAACUGUAACGAGUUAUUAAAACAUAGACUUUCUUCGCAUAUACUCAUAAGAUAACAUCUCGAUAACGAUUAAUAUUUUGAUAAACUUUUCAUAUGAAUUUUCAAAUUUGGGUGUGGCGCCGAAAGGGUUUCUUCAUACUUGAGACAUAUAAAAGUGCUGUCUUAUUAUAGCCAUCAAAAAUUGAACUUAGAAUAAGUAAAUUACUUCUCACAAUGAGCAAUACUCAUAAUUAGUUUUUUAGAAUAAAAGAAAUAAAGAAAGACACCAAAAAAGAAAUAUAUUGUUGCAAACUCACAUUGACUGAGUGCUCAUUUGACAAUGUGCACAAUAUUAUUCUAUUUAUAAAAUGUUUUGAGUAUGAUGAUAUAAUCCAGAUCUCUUAAACAUACUCAUCAUUUAGCUCGCUCAAUUUUAAAAUGUGUUCAGUAUGAAACAAUGAUAUUAAUUAUUUUUCAUGUACGUAUAACGACAUUAUUAUAUAUAACAUGAUUAUACCUUAUUAUUAUUGAUUUACCUAAAAUUAAAUCUAAAGUCCAUCUUUAUAAGUAUUGAAAUAAAGUUAAACAAUCUUGAUAUGUUUAUUUGUUAAAACAGUUUGAAAAAAAAAGCUUCAUGAAAUAUGACUGUUGUAAUGAACUUUUUAUUAAGUAUACUUUAUUUUAUAAAUGUAUUUUUCAACAAAAAGACCUAUUAAAGUUGGUUUAUCUUCAUUUAGUGAAAAAAAUUUACUACGAGUACGCAGCUUAACUGACUUGGCGAAGGUAGUUAAAAGUAGUCUUAUUAUUUAUUUAAUAUCAAUUACGAUACGACUUACAAUACAAAGUAAUU